AUGUCGCCUGUACUGGGGUACUGGAAGCUGAGAGGUCUCGCUCAGCCCAUUCGCCUGCUGCUGGAGUUCGUGGGUGACAAGUAUGAGGAGCGCCUGUACGACCGACAGGACAGAGAGAAAUGGCAAAGUGAUAAGUACAAUCUGGGCCUUGAUCUACCAAAUUUGCCGUAUUAUAUUGAUGGAAAUGUCAAGCUUUCCCAAUCUUUAGCCAUAUUGCGCUACAUUGCAGAUAAGCAUGGCAUGAUUGGAUCAACACCAGAAGAGCGAGCUCGUGUUUCAAUGGUUGAAGGGGCUGCUUGUGAUCUCCGUCAAGGCCUCUCAAGAAUCGCUUACAAUCCGCAGUUUGAACAACUGAAACAUGAUUACCUGGAAAAUUUGCCAGCCACCCUGACCAUGUGGUCGAAAUUCCUUGGAGACAAACAUUAUCUUUUGGGUAACUCGGUAAGUAUUGAAUUACGAUGCAGGUGGGAACUGCCAUUCCUCCUCCUCAUUGUUGCCAUACACUUAUACAAUUUGGGCUUUUGCAGUGGGUUAAGCUUCGUGAACUGUAGCUGA